AUGACUCUCACCAAUCCAAACUUAGAGGGCUACUAUGUUGCUCGUAAUAUGUGGAUGUUGUAUUACAACAAAUCCGAGAAUAACUACAUAGCACCAAAGAAAUGUUCAGGCUGUUAUGAUGAUAGAAAAUUUGUUAUUUGGUCAGUUUCUGUUGCAUCUCAAGCAAUUGUUGAUGCUGCUAGAAUUUAUAAGGAAUUCGUACCAUUAAUUGAUCCGGCAAUCAAUAUUUUUAGUAAAUAUAAAAACAACCAUUUAAAGGGAUAUUCUGCAGCAGAAAAUGCUGGAACAGAUGAAGAUAUCUAUUAUGACGAUGACGCACAAGUUGCAAGUGCAAUGAUUACUGCCUAUGAGGUUACGGGUAAUAAAAAGUAUUUGGACCAAGGUAGGGAGUUAGUUAGAUUUUUAAUGGGCGGGUGGAACGACAACCCUGAUGCGAAGACAAAAGGUGGAAUGAAAUGGCAUUUAACCAAUGCUUACUUGAACGCAUGUACCACAGGAGAAACUGCUAAGGCAUGUUUGCAAAUUUCAAAAUUUAUUCCUAACGAGGCAAAAAUCUACGUGGACUUCGCUGCCAAAUGCAUUGACUGGCAAAUAAAAGUCUUGCGCAGCAAAGAUGAUGGUUUGAUAAUGGACGGUAUUCAGGAUACUGCCACAGAAGUAAAUGAUACCAAAUACUCUUACAAUACAGGCACUACUUUAUCAGCAGCUUCAUUUUUGUAUAGUAUUACAAAGGAAAAAAAAUGGAAAGAUAUUGCUGAUGACUUGGCUAAAGCUGCUAUUAACAGAAAUGUGUUCUUCUACGAUCGUGAUUACAGUGAUGAUAAAAGAUAUUGGAGGGACGCUUCAUACUUUGUACAGUUAUUAAUCGAAGGAUUGGCAGACUAUUUGCUAUAUAUUGGCAGUGAAGCUCCUGUAGGAUUACCCCAAAGAAUUGAAGAAGAGAUAAGAAGACAUUUGAUUAUGUUUUACGAAUACAUGCGAGACCCAAAGGAUGGCUUGUAUAUUCAAAGUUUUGAGCCACAUCUUACUUACAGAGAUGUUUAUGAUUCUAAGUACAAGAAAGAGUUUGGAGAAAGAAAGGGCUGGUCGCUUAAAAAUGAAGAUAAGGAUGGAGAUGGAAAUCCUCAAAAGUGUUUAAUUGGGUGUGGUUCUGCAGCUAGAGUAUUUUUUCAGGGAGCAAGGGUUAUCCCAAAAAUAGAAUGA